AUUUACACCACUGUCAACCAAACCAAACCGAGAAGCUCACCUCUUAUCAGCCACGUGAUGGCGGCCGCUAGUGAAGCCACGAUCCCCAGCUCCUCGACCGUCUAUUUCAAUCUGAAUACUCACAACCGGCACAAAAUGUCUUACUACUUCACUAUUCUGUCGCCAACUGACACUCCCUUAUUCAACAUCGCCUUCGGGACAUCGAAGGGGGGUGGUGAUGGCAUUGCCCGCUUCCGCUUCCCAGAGACAGCACAGUACAUGAACCAGUUCAUCAUUCACUCAAGUCUGGACAUAUUGGAAGAAGCACAAUGGACAAAUAGUGGAAUGUACCUGAAGCACAUUGACACCUAUCCGCCGGCGGCAGCCUACAUUACCGCUUUCCUCACUCCAAGCGGCGCACGAUUCCUUCUCCUCCACCAACCUCCGCAUCUCCCCUCUUCAUCCAGCACAGGCGGCGGCCUUGGGUCUUCGUCACUGCUAGGCACAGCAGGAUCUACCACACGAGCCUCAUCGAGCUCCAUUGCUGCAAACCCGACUUCUCCUCAGACCGAAGAGGCUGUGCGCCAGUUCAUGAAUGAGGUAUUCGAGAAUUAUGUCAAGACGGCGAUGAGCCCGUUCUACAAGCAGGGAAUGGAGAUAAAGAGCCCUGUUUUCAGGGCGCGGGUUACGGCUGCAGGGAAAAAGUGGCUGUGA